UAUACCUACAUGUACAGCCUAUUGAAUUGGCUGCCGUUAAUCUUCAUUCUUUAAAUGGUUAAACGUACAGUUGUGUAACAUAGAGUGAAAAAUCAAUCGUAAUUUAAAAUGCACAGAAUUUUAAUAUUGACAAAGUAAUGGUUUCCAGUGAAAAUGUAUGACAGAACUACCCUUUUUCUUGAUAUUUGCGGAUUUAUAGCACUCUGUUCUGGAGUAUCAGCAACAGAUAUAGAUGAAGAUGGGUAUUCUAUAGCCGAUAACACGAUACCUGUUGUUGUUAUUAGUUUACUGUCCGUUUUGAUUUUGAUAUCAUUGGUGCUGUUAUGCGCAGGGGAUUCCAAUGUGCAACACAACGAUGCAGGAAAUACUCAACGAAAAUCAAUAACAUCGCCAGAAAAAAAGAAAAACAAUGCAUUUCAAGAAGUAGAACUUUCAAAACCGCGUAAAAAUAACAACGCACAACCAACUAGUGCAGACAGUGACAUAAUCAAAAAAUCAAGUAAUCUUCAACGAAAAGGAAAUGAUUGGCCUCCACUUGACAACAGAAAAGGCUCCUUAGAACAUCAGUCCUCCGGUACAACAGAUAUAACACAUGCAAAACAGAACACGGCAAUAUUGGCGGUGGAGGAUAAUACAAAUCAAGCAUCUACGAGUUACCAAAAUGAAAAUGUAAACAGCGAAGCACGAUUUUCUGGUGGAAGGUCUCUGGAUGUACAACCGAACACCCAAGCAAGAAAUCGUUCAACCAGUGAGACACCAGAUAGUCAUAUAGGAAGUAUGAACUCUCAAAACAGUAGUUUGCAAAGGGAAAGACUAAAUACCAUUAACAGACAAAAUCGUGAGGACACUGCUGAUGAUAUUGGUUAUCAUAGUGAUUUUUCUAGAAGUAUUAAACCCGACACAGAAUCAAAUCCGUUGAGUACAUUUAGGUCAUCUCAGCCACAAUCAAACCCUAGGUCUGCAACAACAGGCUAUGGCGUAGAUGAUGAUGAUGUCAUCGAGACCUAUCAAGAUGACGGAGAGAGUAUAGAUUGGGACUAAUUAAUUUUAAACUACGUUUUUCUUUUAUUAUUUGAUGUAACGCAGCAGGUCUGUGUUUCUGUAUCUCUUCUGUUUUAAUAAAACAAGUUUUUUUUAU